UUAUAGAAACCGUAGAUCACUCGCACGACUCGCACGGCGCAACUUCACGGUGGACGCAGUUCUCGUUCCUCUCGCCGACGCCAGAUUUCGCCGCUGUCGCUACCAUCGUUUUAUCUCCUCGCUUUCCUAUUGGCCGAAAGGGACGCCGUUCGGCCAAUCGCGGGCAAACGGCGAGCGCGGCCGACGCGCACUGCAGAGUUACGUUUCUAUGCUUUUGCUGUAACCCCUAUAGGUAGCCACGCGAUGUUUCUAACCUAUCUUUUUUUACAAAGUUUAACAGUUACUUGAUGUUUAUCCUAUCGGACGCGAUACGACGAUGGCUCAAACAAAAAUUCUCAAUAACGUCAUAUCUGCGAUCGACGACAACACGCGGAAACCCGAAGAAUUUCUAAGAAUGCUGCUGCCGUCAAUUUCAAAAAUACUAUGAAACAACUCUACGACUUUACGAAGGAACAAACGGGAAGAAGCACGAACGCGUUGCCGGAGUUAUUGACCGAUGGUUUCGACGAGGAACAAAUUUGGCAACAAUUGGAGUUGCAGAAUGAGGGAGAAUUGAUACAUUUUUUAAGCGGCGUUUCCAAAUUGUUGGCCGGGAACAAAGCGCUGACGUUACCCAUCUCCACCACGAAGCCCGAGUCCGUAGAGAGAGAAGACCAGGACGGUAAAGCCGAGCGCGCAUCGAGCGUGGAUCGACGACGAGCCAAGGCCGAAGAACGAGAGUCGUGGAGUAGCUCGAAGAAGGUCAAGAGGAUAAAGGAACGCAAAAGAAAGUCCAUCGUCGACGAUAAAUUUUUUAAAUUACAAGAAUUAGACGAAUAUCUUACCAAAGAGGAUAGAAGGGAGAAGCAAAACGAGAAAGACGCGGACGAAUCUGACGAAGAAUCUCUUGAUCUGUUCAACGAUUUGUCGGAAGACGAAUGCGACUUGACGGAAGAUGCAAAGUUUGUUAAGUACGCAGACUUUUUUGACAAUCCGAAUAGCGAGGACGACGGCGACGACAACAAAGUAUCUUCCUCUCGUAACGAUGCUGAUAGAACCGAUGAAAAUGAAGACAACGAAUCGCUGGACAACAGCGAGUUGGAAGAUACCGACGUUGAGAAAGACGAUAAGGAAUUAAGACCUUUUACCAAAAGAGUAAAGUUCAAUCUGACGAACGAUUCGGACGAAACUGACAGCUUAGAGAACAAAGUAGAUGACAAACAGAAGAAUCUGGAAAUUAAAUCCUCCCUGGAAGCGCGUCAAGAGCGUUUGCAACUGAGGAUUCGAGAACUGGAAGAGGAGGCGCUCGCCGAAAAGCCUUGGCAAUUGAAGGGAGAAGUAAACGCGGCUCUCAGACCGCCGAAUUCCUUACUGGAAGAACACGUAGAGUUCGACGUUACCUCGAGGCCAGCUCCGAUUAUCACGGAACAGACUACUUUAAAACUCGAGGAUUUGAUCAAGCAACGAAUAAAGGACAAGGCGUGGGACGACGUCGAAAAGAAAUUCAAACCCGUCGAAACGCCUUUGGAAUAUAAGAAAAAGUUGAUCUUGAAUCAGGAAAAGAGCAAAGAAAGCUUGUCCCAAAUUUAUGAGAACGAAUAUCUCAAGCAAAAACAAGCCUCCAAUCCGGAAACCAAAGAAGUAGAGGAAGAAGAACCGAAAGCGCAUGUCGAAAUUCGCGAGAUGAUGCACUCUUUGUUCUCCAAAUUGGAUGCACUGUCUAAUUUCCACUAUACUCCGAAAGCGGCUCAACCUGAAAUUAAAAUUAUAAGUAACGUGCCUGCUAUCAAUAUGGAAGAAGUAGCGCCGAUAGCGACCAGCGAUGCUACCUUAUUGGCACCCGAAGAAGUCAGAGAAAAACCACGAGGUGAUGUUAUGGGUAAAUCGGAACGCACGGUCACCGACAUGAAACGCGACAGGCGAAGGAAAAAGUUGAGGCAGAGGGAACGACAGAAAAAUAGGGAAAGAAAAGAACGAUUAAAUGCGAUCAAGCCAGGAAUAGAGAAAAAAUACAAAAAGGACAAAAACGUUCUACUGAUGAAAAAAUUGAGCAAAGAUAGAAAUAUUACGACGGUGGACGAGACGAUUGGCAAAGUUACGAAAUCUUCGAGCAAGUUCUUUAGCCAACUACAGGACCAAGUUAAAAGUCACGUCAAGUCGAAAGUAAAUCAAAUGUCGAAAGAAAAAGACAAGAAAGCAUUGUCCGCUGUAAAAUUAAAAUUGUAAAUAUUUUAUGUAAAUACAAUAUAUCUCCAUAUUAAAUAGA